GGCACGGUUAGCAGACCGCCGACCCUCCUAAAUCUUAUCGUGGUGGAAAUCACCCUCGCCUUAGAUUCAUCCACCGCCACACGCGAAGCUGCACGAGCAUUGCGUUGGCACAUGCUCGCCCACUAGAGGUGUCUUGAGUCGAGACUCGUGCCUGUCUGAGGGGCUCCCUUCCGGGCAUCUCAUGCACAGUCUCUUGUCCCCAAAAGCUCCAUCAGUCUCCACCCGCGGCUCGCAUAUCGGCAUCAGCCAUCUAGGUUCAGCUCUCGGCUCGGCCUCAACUCUAUCCCCCAACACAACUCCAGCUCCAGCACCUGCCACUGCUGUCGCCUCAGUUGCUGCUCGCUGCCAGCAUGUCCUCGACGUCUCAACGGCGACGGCGACGAGAUGAAGACGACUAUAUUCCCUUUGGACCCCCAUCCCUCCCCAGCACUCAAACACACAUGGACAACAUGUCCUCAGAAGGCUGGCCGCCGCCGGUGAUCAUGUCCGACUCGAGCGACGAGGACCUUCGAGAACCCCAUCGAACACCCGCGCGGCAAAUUUCCCGUCGUAAUCGAAUCUCGCAUGGCGAAGGAGGGCUCAUGACCCUGAACCCCGACCGAUACUCGCCCGACGUAUACUCCAUCAACUCCGAUCCACCAAGCCAGACGCCGAUGCUUGUGGAAGAUGACGCCGGAUUGCGAUCCCAAUACGCUGGAAGAUAUUCGCAAUACUACGCUGCGAGUAACCCCCGUCCUGGCCCGCAAAUCAAACCACACCUGUCCUCCUUGGACAUACCAAGACGCUAUGGCAGCAAUGCCAUCCUCGACAUGUAUGCGCUCACCUACGUCGGCGACCCGGACCCGAAUCUGCUAUGUCCUAUCUGCCAUGACCCCCUCGUCGACCCUGUGACGACUCCUUGCGACCAUACAUUCUGUUAUCGAUGCUUGCGCAGAAGCAUGGCGUCGAGCCCCGCUGGCGGCGUCUGUCCAAUAGACCGAGAGCCUCUGUUAUGGACGGACUGCUCUAGUUCGAUACGGCUGAUACGUACCCAGCUGAAUAACUUGAUUGUCAAGUGCCCUCAUCAUGGCAGAGGCUGCGAGGAGGAAAUGAAACGGGAGGAGGUAGAACGGCACGCGACUGUUGAGUGCAGCUUCCGGGAGUUUCCUUGUCCAGAUACCGAAUGCGAAAAGACUGUUCGCUACAAGCCAACUGAUGAUAAAUGCCAGCAUCAAGAAAGCAACUGCGAGUUCUGCGAUGCCAUUAUUGAAGAAGCUGACUGCGAUAUCCACUUGCUUCAAUGCCCUAGGAGCAAGACUCGAUGUGCGGCCUGCUGGGCCAUGAUCCUCCGUGAGGACGAAGAAGUUCAUCGAAACGUGGAUUGUGUUUCCAUCGAGGUGGCAUGCCGCUUUCAAAGCGUCGGCUGCCCUGUGAGAGUUAUACGGGCACACCAAGAACUUCAUGCCCUUUCCUGUCCUUUCCAUCCAGACUCGCCCUCUGGCGCCAUUAUACGCAGCCAGCGCGAGAUUAUAGAAACAUUCGGCAAUCUGGGGAGCCAGAUCCGUCAUUUACGAGCUAGGCAAGACGAGACAAGCCGACGGCUCGAUCAGAUUUCUGGGCCGGUUAACCUUAACCGUCCGGGCGAACCUGGAUUCAGGGACGUUCGAGCAAUGCAGGAUCUUGAUGCUGGAUUCGGCGAAGUACACCACAACUUGAACAAUCUCGAGCGCCAGAAUGUGUGGACUGUCAACCAGAUUAUGCCUGUUCGGGAAGAGGUUGCUGAACUACGAAAUAACAUCAAUAUGAUUCGAAUGCAGGUCAACUGGCUCUUGAGCCGCAGCCGCGAAGAAGGCCAUGCGAGACCAACCUCCAGUGGCACCACACGGCCCACGUCAAUGGGGUCCGAUACGGUGCAGGAGCCACUGCCUCCCAUGGUGCGCCAGAGACGGCGAUCGACCAGUGUAGACAUUCGAGCACGACGUCUGGCCAAGCUGGGCAACCCAACCCCUCCAAAGCCCGCGGAGAGCACGCCUGCAGAGGCUGGAAGCUCAUCAUCGCCUGCUCCUCCGCAGUCGGGCUCUCCAGCCCCCGAGGCCGAAACCGAGACCAAGAAGACCAAGAUCAACAUCACACCGGCGGCCCAGCCGACCUCAAACCCUUUUGCGCAGCUAGGCGUGCGGUCGAGCAAACCGACCGACCCUGAAGGCUCUACAGGUACUUUUCGUGUUGCUCGCAAGAGGUCCGCCUCUCAAGUUGACGACGUCCUUUCAGCACCACCCCCGCGUAAAGCCACUCCCGUCCAGCUCGAGUCAGAUGAGGACUAUGCCGAUAGAAUUCUCAGCCAGAUCUUCCGCAUAACUGUCGAUCCCCACCGGAUGACCAGCAACCAGGGCAGCCAUCGCCUGACCUUCCUCCCGAACCUGAAUCAGGAGCUCAACGAUUCUGGGGAGUCUUUGAAGCUGUCUGUUAAUAACUUGGAUCAGGCUAUUAUAGAGGCUUGUAGUAGCUGGUCUCCUGAUAAGCCUCUGAUGCACUAUCUUCUCCCGUGUUGGAAGAGAGCUGUGAAAGCAGCUUCAUCAAAUAAGCAAACGAGCGGCCCCAAGUUAGACCUACACGAAGAGUCGAAGCGUUUGUGCAUGAGCAAUUGCCUCUUCGCUGUUACUAUGCCGGUUUUAUAUGGCCGCGAGCCAAACGCAAAUCAUGACACUAUUGCCCCUUAUCUCCUCAAGGGUCCUGUAGAUGAGAAUGGAAUCUGCUUCGACUUUAUCAAAGAGGCCAUCAAGCGGUUCGAUGAUGAUGAGGCUUUUCCGGCCAUCUUUAACGAUGCCAUGGUUAAGCUCAGCACCCAACUUUCAGGACUUUCCAUGAGCGAUGAGUACAAACCAUACGUCCAGGCACUGCUAACAUAUACACGUUUCCCUAUCUUAAUAUCUAAUCUUGCCAAGCACGCUUGCUUUAAACUACCUUUAUCACCCCACACCAUUGAGAGGAACACUAUUCUAGGCCCCUUCUUCCGUUUAUCUCCAUUGCAGCCAGAAGUGAUAAAAAGCUACUUUCCCGGGUCGCGUACUCUAGACAAGGCGCGCAUUACCAACGCCCAAGACGCUCUACGAAUGGUACUGAGGACACACCAAGAUGACCUGUUCGUGAUUACCAACGCUUUCAUCCGCGCAGGACCAGAUACGAGAAAUCUUACGUUGGACUGGUUUGCCUACAUCCUAAACACCAACCACAAACGGAGAGCUAUCCAGGUGGACCCUAGAGAGGUUGCUUCGGACGGAUUCAUGAUGAACAUAACCACAAUCUUGGAUCGAUUCUGCGAACCGUUCAUGGAAAAUGAUUUUAGCAAAAUAGAUAAGAUUGAUGUUAGAUAUUUUCGGAGGCAGCCGCGAGUUGAUAUCUCAGAUGAGACCAAACUCAACGCCGAUCAAGCUGCUGCUGAAAAGUAUUACGCUCAAAAGGAAGAUGGGGAGUCAAACUUUAUCUCAGAGGCCUUCUUCUUGACACUGGCUGCUCACCACUAUGGUAGCGAGGCACUCAACUCACAGCUGAAGAAUCUCGAUCGUGAGAUCAAAUACUUGGAGAGACAUCUUAAGGCUAUGGAAGCAGAGCGUUCAAAACUAGUCAAUGCCCCGCAUCAGCUGAGGUUGUUUGAAGAGACACUCAAACGACAUACGAACGUGCUAGAGAAGACAAUUGCACUGAAAUACUCAAUUGAGGGUGUUCUGCUCGACGAAAGGAUGCAGAGCACUUCUCUGCGCUUCAUGCGAUAUGUCGCUGUAUGGCUGCUUCGUAUUGCAACAGGGUCCGAUUACAAGCCUGGAACAGAGACUGAGACGAUCAGGCUACCCAUUGAACUAGCAAACUCUGGCGCUUUUGCGUAUCUUCCCGAGUAUGCGCUUCAGAACAUUGUCGAUAACUUCAAAUUUGUGUUCCGAUGGCUUCCUACCAUUCUUCCCAGCGCUGUGGGUGAAGAAAUGAUUGCUCUGUGCAUCACUUUCCUUCGUUCUUCAGAACAGAUCAAAAACCCAUAUCUCAAAUCAUCACUGGUGUCUCUGCUUUUCUCCGGAACCUGGCCGUUUAUGCACCUCAAGAGAGGUGUUUUAGGCGAUCAGCUCAUCUCCAUCAAAUUUGCCAAUGACUUUUUGUUGCAUGCCUUGAUGAAAUUCUACAUCGAGUGCGAGUCUACGGGAGCCAAUACAGCUUUCUACGACAAGUUCAACAUACGAUAUGAAAUCUUCCAAGUCAUCAAAUGCGUAUGGGUUAAUGAUGUUUAUAGACAGCAGCUUAUCAAAGAAAGCAAGGUUAACCGGGGUUUCUUUGUUCAGUUCGUUAAUAUGCUUCUAAAUGAUACCACUUACGUCCUAGAUGAGGCGUUUACAAAGUUCCCCAAGAUGCGAAAUCUUGAGAGAGAGCUUGAGGAUCGCAGCCUAUCAACAGAGGACCGACAAAAGAAAGAAGAAGAGUUACAGAGCCUAGGAAGCCAAGCGACAUCUUACAUGCAGCUGGCCAAUGAAACCCUUGAGAUGAUGAAGCUCUUCACCAAGACAUUAAGCGAGGCUUUCACCAUGCCAGAGAUUGUCUCACGUCUAGCGAGCAUGUUGAAUUACAACCUCGAGACGUUGGCUGGCAAGAAAGCUGCAGCCGAGUUGAGCGUUUCGAACAGGGAAAAGUACCAUUUCCGACCCCUUCAGCUGCUCUCAGACUUUGUCGAGAUUUAUUUGAAUCUUGGGGCAUCAUCCGUCUUCAUCGAGGCUGUCGCGGCAGAUGGACGCUCUUACAAGCCAGAGGUUCUGGAUCGCGUCGCUAAAAUCCUUUCAUCAAGACACCAGAAAGACCCCGCAGAUAUUGCUCGGUGGGACAAGCUCAAGGUCAAGUUUAUCCAGGCCAAGGAGCAGCAGGAUCAAGCCGAGAUGGACCUCGGUGACAUCCCGCCCGAGUUCGAAGACCCCAUCAUGGGAGAGCUGAUGAAGGAUCCCGUGCUCCUACCGAGUAGGCACGUUGUCGAUCGAUCGACAAUCGUGCAGCACUUGCUGAGCGACCCGAAAGAUCCGUUUACGCGUCAGCCUAUGACAAUUGAGGAUGCGAUUCCGCAGACGGAGCUGAAGGAGAAGAUUGAGAAGUGGAGACUUGAGAAGAUUCAGGCUUCAAAGGAGAAACUGGCACAACAAGGAAGUGAUGCGAUGGAUACAGCUGAGGGCUAAGGCUAAGAAGGCUAGAGAUUAUUAUUGCUGACUUGUGAUGGAUUUGCAUGUCCUCCCCCCCCUCCUGCCCUUUCCAUUACAUACUUUUCCCUCUUUCCAUCGAUUCAUUGUCUUUCUUUCUUUUUCAUUUUGGGUCUGGUUAAUGUUAGGGAAGGGAAACCAAGUGGAAAAUUCAUCUGCGGCAAACAAAAAGCGAAUCGUUUUGACGAAUGAUACAACAUAGGGAUGACAGAGAAUAGAAAUCAUGAUUAUGUACCUUUUUUUUUUUUCUUCUUCCCUUUGGGGUCUUGAGAAUUUAUUUUUUUCACCUGUACGUCUUGUGUUUCAGCAUCAAGGAUGGCCAUAAGCACUCUUCACUUCAGCCCAUCAAAAGUUCUACGCUGUAGCUAUGAAUAGAAGGUAGAUAGAUCGAACUCUUGCUUCUCUAGAGAGAAUAGAGUAUAGGGCAUCCUACUGUGUAUCGAAAAAAAGGUUCACCUC